GCUAGAUAAUAUCGAGCUGCAGCAAAAGCGCCCAAAACGCAGCAGCUACUAGCUUAUUGACGCAGCGUGCGUGCUUUGAAAUCUUCCCACAUAGCCCAGGUGCCAGUGAGCGAGCAAAACUUCGAUCACCGGCCCCAGCGAGGGAGAACCCCAAAAGCAAGCGAGGAGCCGCUGUUUCACCGCAACCACCCGGUACCAACAUGCCCAUACCCUUUAUUCUCUAACAAUAUGACCUAAACAGAGCGAGUAAACGCACCCAAAGCGAGGCUGCUAUUUCACCCCAACGCUUCCAUUACCGCAACUACUUCGGUACCAAAAUGUUAUUAUCAUUCAUACCCUAAAAUAUGACAUAAAUCAGGACCAAUGGUGAACCUCAAGUGCGACGAGACCUGCAAGGGCGGCGACAACUGCACGAACUCGCGGAUCUACAUCAGCGGGUUGCCCAAGGGCUGCACCGCCGACGACAUCACGGACAUGUUCGGCGGCCUGGGGACGAUCGCCCGCGAGCGGCCCCAGGGCCGCGGCGUCUUCCCGGACAUGAUGCCCUACCGCGUCAAGUUUUAUGGGAACGACGACUGCCUCCUGCACUACGAGGACCCGCACGCGGCGCACGCGGCCCCCAGCUUUUUUGAUGGGCAAGAACUGAAGGGGUCGAAGCUCCACGUCGAGAUGGCCGAGAAGAAGCCGAACCAGGGCUUGCCCGCAGGGUAUUAUAUACCUCCGGAGGCCAAGGGCCAGUCCUACGGCAAUCAAGGGGGCGGCGGGCGCGGCCCGGGACCUCGUGGUGGCAACUACGGCCCACCGGGGGGGCACUACGGCGGCGGCGGCGGCGGCGGCUAUGCUCCGCGGCGCGACGACCGCCGGGGCGGGGGCGACUACGGCCGCCGCGACGACCGCCGCGACUACGACCGCCGCGACCGCCGCGACGACUACGGCCGCGACCGGUCGCGCCGGUCGCGCAGCCGCGACCGCGACCGCGACCGCCGGGGCUACGGCGGCGACCGCGGCCGCGACCGCCGGUCCCGCUCGCGGUCGCGCGGCCGGCGCCGCGGCGGCUACUGA